AUGUUCGGCCGACUCUUCCAUCUGCUCUUCGACGCUGUCCUCGUCAGCGUCGCCCUCUCUGGCAUCAAGAGGAGCACGGGGCUCACGCCGGCCGUCGCGAGGAUACCCAACAAGGACCUGAGGAACCUCAUGAGGAUCUACCUCGAGGCUGGCGAAUGGGUCAUGGACUUCUCUGUCGUUGUCCUCGGUCGCUCGAGCUCGUUUGAGCGAGUCCGAUAG